UACAUUUUGAACAUUUUUGGCGAAGAUUUCUCCGAACCACAAGCUAUUGGAAGCAAAAGCAUGGAGAACAUUAACAGCCAACGACUUCCUUUCACUGUAAUCGCUAAUCUUCAUUUCUCUUCCACUUCCUCCUUAGCUAGCUGAACAACGACCAACAACUCCAAGAAAACCUCUCUUAUGGCUGCUCCUCUGGUCGAAGGCGCAGCCGCCGCAGCUCUCCGAUCGGUAAUGUUUCGAGCUCGGCAGGCCGCUGAGCGCUCUGGUCGCCAUUUCGAUCAGGUCCGAGUCGUUGCAGUCUCGAAGACAAAGCCUGUAUCCCUUAUUCGCCAAGUCUACGAUGCCGCCCACCGCUGCUUCGGCGAGAACUAUGUUCAAGAGAUUAUCGAUAAAGCUCCUCAGCUUCCUCAAGACAUUGAAUGGCAUUUCAUUGGGCAUUUGCAGAGCAAUAAAGUUAAAUCGCUUCUCGCUGGAGUUCCUAACCUGGCCAUGGUUGAGGGUGUAGAUAAUGAGAAGCUUGCAAAUCAUCUUGAUCGUGCAGUUUCAAACCUUGGAAGGGAUCCGUUGAAGGUUCUAGUCCAAGUAAACACCAGUGGAGAAAUAUCAAAAUCUGGUGUUGAGCCUUCUGGAUGCAUCGAACUUGCAAAGCACGUGAAGUUGCGUUGCCCACAUCUACAGUUUUCUGGCUUGAUGACAAUAGGGAUGCCAGAUUAUACUUGCACUCCAGAGAACUUUAAGACGCUACUCAAUUGUAGAGCUGAGGUCUGCAGGGCACUUGAAAUGGCAGAAGAGCAGUGUGAAUUGUCAAUGGGAAUGUCUAGUGAUUUCGAGUUGGCGGAUGGAAAGAAAAUGUUUGAGUUACUCAAUAAUUUUGUAGAAUGCAUUGGAGAAGCCAAUGUCACACAAGUUAUUACAGAUAAUGCAUCAGCAAAUGUUAUGAUAGGGAGAUUUUUAGAAGCAAAACGACCACAAUUAAGUUGGUCUCCAUGUGCCGCUCAUUACUUGGAUUUGAUGUUGGAGGAUAUAUACAAGAUCCCACAUAUUCAUAAAGCACUAAAAAGAGGCAUCGAGGGGCAAAGCUAUUAUUUGGAUGGUGUGCUCUCUCAUUUCUUUUUUAUAUGCCUCAUUCAUCACACUGGCACGGCCGCACAUCGAACAUGUGACCUUGCGUUUAUGGACAACAAGCACUACCAGCUGAGCUAUGAAUCACAUUUGAAAACAUACCUUAAAUGUAAUAUAAACAUUAUCAGUCGGUUUCGAGUUUAUCUGGUUUGGUUAAUGAAAAACCCAACACUGGCCGAAUUUCUUCGGUUUUUCCUAUAUAGAAACCGUGACCGCAACCCGGACUGGUUACAAACGAAACCGACAUCGAUUUCGGUUGGUCACCGGUAAUCUUAACUUUGAAACUUCAUGAGUUGAACUUGUAAUUUAACGUUUUAUUUAAUAGAGCAAUAUUAUUAGUAUUAUUAUUGUUA